GCUCCCAUUCUGCACUGUCACGGUUCGACUCCCGCUGGGGGUGUUGAUAAGACCGAUGCUAGGUCGGAACUGCAGUUCACCACAGUCGGGAUGAGAACAACUUUUGCGAAAACCGAGCAAUGUGAAAUUGAAUGGAAACUAUUCUCUGUUCCUGUGAUCAAUUUGUACAUCGUCAUCUUCCUCAAACUCUGGUCCUAUGCCGCCGUCAACUACUGGUGUCGAGUCGAUGCUUUCGCUUGCUCCCCACUCGCCGGCAAAAGUCGUGUCAUCAAGAGUCGACGGCAUAGCAAUCGCGGUUCGGGCGCCAUCGAUGCCAAAAGCCGUUCGACAACGAGUCGCAAUAAGGCCGGAAAGCGCCUACGUGCAGUCUCCACCGUGAUGGCGCCAGUGCAAUUGUCCCCGUCGGUUCCGGUAAACUCACCGCCUAGUUCUCAAUCUUUAAACGAUGAGAUGUGCUGCGUCCAACACAGAUUAACCACCAGAUCGGUCACCAAAAGUGUAUUUUCGGAAGACUCCAUGAACAGGCUUGGGGAGUCUGCGGAAUCACCCGAUUGUUCGCAAGGCCAACCUUUCACUCUGGGUCCCGACGAUGACCUCCAGGAUCCGGUUGGCUGCAAUGCGAUGGAGUCUGACAAUAUCACACGACAUGAUAAAGACCAAUGCUCUCAAGUUGCAUUGGAUCCGGAAAAAACUUUGCGGAAGAGGCAUCAAGGGGCUAUGAGUCCUGCGAACAGUAGCCAGCUUCAGAAAAGCCUUUGCAAAAUUUAG